AUGGAGCUUGGAUCAACAGUCAGCGCUGUGAGAAGUAAGCGGGUAGUGGUUGGCAAUGAGGUCCAUCCUGCUGUCAUCAUAAUUAAGGAUGGGAAAAUUCAUAACAUCCUCUCAGAUGACUACACUGUGGAUUCUGAACAUGAGGUACUGGAUGUGGGCGACAGUGUGGUGAUGCCAGGCAUUGUAGAUUGUCACGUUCAUGUGAAUGAACCGGGCCGCACCAUGUGGGAGGGCUUUUGGACCGCUACGCAGGCAGCCGCGGCCGGAGGAGUGACCACGAUUGUGGACAUGCCCCUGAACAGCAUCCCGUCAACCACCACACUAAAUAAUUUUUAUGAGAAGACAAGGGAGGCCACACAGAAGUGUUUUGUGGACACAGCUUUCUGGGGUGGAGUGGUUCCUGGCAACCAGUUAGAGCUGAGGCCCAUGAUCCAGGCCGGAGUGGCUGGCUUCAAGUGUUUCCUGAUCCACAGUGGGGUGGACGAGUUCUGUCAUGUCACUGACACUGACCUGCACGCAGCCAUGAAACAGCUGCAAGGCACAGGGAGUGUGCUACUGUUUCAUGCUGAGAAGGAUGUUCAUCAGAUAUCUGAGGAGACAAGGGACCCCUGUGAGUACGCCACCUUUCUGCAGUCCAGGCCAGAUAUCAUGGAGGUCGAGGCAAUCCGCACCGUCACAGAGCUCUGCCUCCAGUACCAGGUGCGAUGCCACAUAGUCCACUUGUCCUCUGCUGAGCCACUGAAACUGAUCCAGGAAGCGCAGCGGGCUGGAGCUCCAUUGACAGUGGAGACUACCCACCACUACCUGUGCCUCACUGCAGAGGACAUACCUGCAGGGGCCACGCAGUUCAAGUGCUGCCCUCCUAUCAGAGGACAUGCCAACCAGGGGCAGCUAUGGUCUGCACUGAAAGCGGGACAGAUUGACAUGGUUGUGUCUGAUCACUCCCCCUGCACCCCCGAUUUGAAGAAACUGGGUAGCGGAGACUUCACUCAGGCUUGGGGAGGAAUCUCUUCCCUACAAUUGGGUUUGCCUCUCUUCUGGAGUUCAGCCAGUCAGAGAGGCUUUUUGCUGCCUGAUGUGGUGAGGCUCCUCUGCCAGAAAACCGCCCACCUUUGUAGUCUUGGUGACCGGAAAGGGAGCCUUGUCCCUGGUUAUGAUGCUGACUUGGUCAUAUGGGACCCAGAGAAAGAAUUCAAGGUCACAGAGGCAAGCAUACAUCAUAAGAACAAGUUAACUCCUUACCUUGGCCAGACUUUACAUGGAGUGGUGUGGGCCACCAUUGUGAGGGGAAGGCUGGUGUACAGACAGGGCUGUUUCUCUCCUGAGCCUCUGGGGAAACACCUCCUCAUUCAUCACCGGACACCUCAGGGCCAACCAUAGCACAUAUUGACAUGGGGUAGACGAAUAAAUCUCAAUAGGUCUUUUAAUCUUAACUCUGUUGUUUGCUUCUUUACUGAAGAGUUCACAAGGAUGCCCCCCCCCUUUCUCUGGCACAAAUUGCACCGGGGGCAGACAAUUCAUUGAUAUUCCCUCAUUAACUCUCUGUGCUUAUCACGUGGGAGUUAUUGAAGGGUGAGGAAUAAAAAAAAAAGACACACUUCCCUUGUGUUCCCUCUCUUGAAGAGAAAGUGAGGGCAUGUGAAUGAUUAAUU